AUGGCUCUAGCCACGCCCCCCACCGCCCGCUCCCCACUGCGCACGCGCGGCGGCCUGCCCCACCGUAUCACGACGGCUCUAGCCACGCCCCCUCAGCCGCCCACUCACCACUGCGCACGCACAGCGGCUGACAGCUCUAGCCACGCCCCGUCUACCGCCCACUCCCGACUGCGCACACGCGGCGGCCUGCCCUACUACAUCACGAUAGCUCUAGCCACGCACGCGCUGCGGCCCGCCCCACUACAUCACGACGGCUCCAGCCACGCCCCCUCGGCCGCCCACUCCCCACUGCGCACGCGCGGCGGCCCGCCCUACUACAUCACGACGGCUCUAGCCACGCCCGCUCAGAAGCCCACUCCCGACUGCGCACGCGCGGGGGCCCGCCCCAUAACGCAGGCGACUGACAGCUCUAGCCACGCCCCCUCCGCUGCCCUCUCCCUCCUUAGCACGGGCGGGAGCCCGCCACACCACACAUUGGCUGACAGCUCUAGCCACGCCCCUGACACGCCCCCUCAGCCGCCCACUCCCUACUGCGCACGCGCGGCGGCCCGACCCACUACGCGGCGGCUGACAGCUCUAGCCACGCCCCCUCCGCUGCCCCACUCCCCACUGCGCACGCGCGGGGGUUCGCCCCACUACACCGCGGCAGACAGCUCUAGCCACGCCCCCUCAGCCGCCCCACCUGCCCCCUCCCUACUGCGCACGCGCGGCGGCCCGCCCCGCUGCACCGCGACUGACAGUUCUAGCCACGGCCCCGACCACGCCCCCUCAGCCGCCCACUCCCUACUGCGCAUGCGCGGAUGCCAGCCCCACUACACCGCGGCUGACCGCUCUAGCCACGCCCCCCAAAGGUGUAUUAAAUGGAAAGAAUCCAGUGCAAUAUCAGAAGUUUACAAACAUAAGACAGAAAGAACCAUUUUUAUACCUGAAGAGCUCCGAUAUUAA